AACGAUUUUUUCGACAGUCACGAAAUAAUAGUGCACUUUCCUCGUAUAAAAAAGGUACCCAUAUAUUAUUUAUACACCGAUGUACACGUUAGGUAAGCUAAAUAUUUCAGUUAACCAUGAACGUGUAUUUUGCGUGAAUAGAAUACGUACAUUGAAUACUCGGUUCAUCUCGAUUCUCGAACCUUGAAGCUUGUUGCAGUCAGCAGUAGAGAGUAGUGUAACGUAGUAAAUAAACAAGCACGCACGUUAAUCGUAUGCGGUCAUCGGUGUCGAAUAUACGAAUUCGCUUUACAGCCUCAGCUCUCUCAUCGUCCUGAACCAUUGAAGUUUUCACCUCUUUGAGCGACUUAAAAAUGAGCCAAGUCCCAAGCCGGAGUCCUUGAAGAAAAACCUAAUGAAUAUUUAACAGCACCAGUAAUGUAUUGGCCUUUUAAUAGCUGCGUUUGCGCGAUGUAAAUUCGAGUAAUGACGACGUUCUAAACAUCGUACAAUCUUCAGCUCUCGAGUAUGUUGUAUAAUUCGUGUAACUUCGCCAGCGGUAUUUUUUAACAAAUAGGUAGGAUGAUAAACAGCUAUGAAAGUUCGAAUAAAACCAAAUCUGUGCUAACGGAAGUGUAUUCUCAAAAGAGGGGCACUUGUGUUACGGUCGUCAUCCUCGGUAUUAUCAUUGGCAUAUUCGCCUUCGCCUAUAUCACUUUUGGCAAUGAACCUAUGACCGAUGCUUUAGCUGUAAACAGUACUCUAAAACUUGUCAGUAUUAUUAUUCAUCAUGGUCAAACGUCACCUAAAUUCACAUACCCCAGUGACCCGUAUAAUAACGAUAGUCGAUGGAUUAUUGGUUUGGGAGAACUCACCAAAAAAGGCAAACAGAAUAUGUUCAGUUUGGGAAAAUACUUCAGAGAAAGGUACACCGGAUUUUUACCAGAAUUAUAUUUUUCUUCUGACCUAGAAGUUCAAAGCCCUAAUGCAGAUACGUGCUUAAUGAGUGCUGCAGUAUUACUAGCUGGAUUAUAUCCGCCUCAUAAGUAUCAAAUAUGGAAUCCUACUAUUUUAUGGCAACCCAUACCCGUCAAAGGAAUAUCUCGUGAAACUGAUAAGAUGCUCGACUUGACUGCCAAUUGCCCUCAACUGACGAGAAAAAUAAACGAGAUUGAGAAUGGUAUAAAAAAAACAGAUACAAAAUUACCCAAAUUGUACGAAUAUUUGAACGAAAAUACUGGACGAGAGUUUAGCAAUUUGUCGUCAGUUUUAGCCUUGUAUAAUUUACUCAAUGCCCAAGAACGAAAUGCUUUUCCACUGCCCGAAUGGACUCAGUCAGUGUACCCUGACAUGCUGUAUAAAUACGCAAUUCUAAGUUUAUUAGUGCAAACAGAAAAUCAAGAGAUAACUACGUUAUCCAGUGGUGUAUUACUCGAUAAAAUAAACUCCGACAUGAAGAACAGACAUAACAAUAUGACGCACAAAAAAAUGUUCCUAUACGCUGCUCAUGAACAGCCAAUUGUAAACUUAUUGAGGAUUUUAGACAGAGAAAAAUUUACCAGCAAUAAAAUGAAACCUGAAUUUUCCUCAGCUGUUAUUAUAGAAUUGCAUUUAAUUAGUGGACAAAGCGUCGUACAAGCAUUUUAUUUACCAAAAAAUGGCAAAAUGCCAUCGGCGAUUAAUAUUACAGAGUGUGGAAAUCCAUGCUUGUUGGAUAAUUUCUCGAAAUACGUGAGACCACUUAUACCACGAGAUUGGGAAAGCGCUUGUUAUGUUUAAUUAUUUACCUACACUUUUGUUUUUUGUGUGUUUUUAUUUUAUUUUUUUCGAUUUAUUCGUUUGUAUUUUUUUCUUUCUAUGUAUAUUGUGUGUUUUUUUUCCUAUUUUCAUUUCGCAAUAUUUUUUUUUCAAUUCUUAUUUAGCUAUUGAUAUCAUUUUUAAUAAAUGUUUUAUUUGUGAAA